CCGGUGGUGGGAGGGUCACGGCCCCGCCCGCUGCAGCCACACACCCUUCCUUCCUUCCUUUCCUUGAUGAAGGCCACCGAUCCGCCCCCACCACCGCACCGCAUCCCGUUCCCGACGGAUAAAAAUCCACGCGACACGCAACAACUUCCUAAAUGCGAGCGCAACGGCGUGAGUGCGCAGCAGACGCAGAUCCCAUUCUAUUAACACAAACCACACCACACCACACCACACCAGCGAGGGGGAGAACAGAGAAGGGGAGGGGGAGAGGCAGCGCCCACGCUCGCGCUCCCAUCCGCCGCCAGCCAUGGCGUCGGGGGUGUCCACGAGCAUGGUGCUCACGCUGCUCGGCUUCUGCGUCAGCGUGCUCUUCAUACUCUUCGUCUGCUCCAGGCUCGUCUGCGCGCUCGUGCGCCGCCGUCGGCGCCGCUCCCGGGCCUCGCCGCUCCCGCCGGGCUUCCCGCCCCUCGCCGCCAACUACUUCUUCGCCGUCCAGGUCGACCGCCUGGGGGGGCAGCCAGCGGCCGGCCCCGGCGCCGGGGGGCUUGACCUGGCCGCCGUCGCCUCCUUCCCCACCCGCGCCUUCUCAGCUGCAUCGCCCUCCUCAGACUCCGACUCCUCCGACGCGGCCCCGCAGUGUGUUGUUUGUCUUGCAGAAUACGAGGACAAAGAUGUGCUCCGCACUCUUCCUUACUGUGGCCACAAUUUCCAUAUGGUGUGCAUAGAUGCUUGGCUAAAGCAGCACUCAACGUGCCCAGUCUGUAGAAUUUCACUGUCUGACUAUCCUGAUAUCAAGCAUAUUGCGCCUCCUUUACCAAGUGCAGUGGUGAUACCAAUACCUAUACCUCCUUAUUCCCCCGAAGCAUCCAUAUCGGAUCCGUGUCAUUGCCUGUUUGUCGGCACGGGGCAUUCGCCAAGGCCAUCGGAGGUUCUUCAAAGCGAACCCGACCAGGCGAAUCGGACAGUACCCGGUCCAUCCUUGGAUGGGCCAAACAACUUGACGUUGUCUGAGGUUACCUCUCCUGGCGAAAUAACAACGAAACAGUAAAACAGCACAUGGAGAGUCCUUGUAUUCCCAGCAGGUCGUGAUCUGCCCAGCUAAGCCCCCAGCAAGUAGCUGUUUGGAGUUUCUUUUGUGCCGUGUGUUGCACGGUGCGGUGAACAACCUGUAAACCUGGAAACAUCUGCCCAUGUGGAUGUCUGUUAUAGGUUAGAUUUCCGCGGGUUCGAUGUAAAUAUGAGAAAUCUUUGGGUUUCUUGUCGAAAAGCCACACAUUUGCUCGAUAAUUUCACUGAAAACAGUCCAUUAUAUCCA